GCUCCUCAGCCCGCCGCUCCUGCGGGGUGGGGCUCCCUGAGCCGGGGCUGGACGUGUCGGGGUGCAGGGGCAGCUCUGUGAGGCGCGGCGGUGGUGGGGAACGUCCUUUUCUCCUUCUGCCCUGUGGGUUCGUGUGUGGAGGGACGGUGUUGGGUUUGGCGCUAAGAGAAGUUCUGAAAGUCUUGUGAAAUGUUUGUGGGGAGGCAGCACCGGCCUGGCAGCAGAGGCGCUCUGGGGUCUCCUUUAGUUACAGCAGUGAAAGGCUCUGCCCGGAGGGUGCUGGCACUGCCGGGGAAUGGGCACGGCCCCGAGAGCUCCGGCAGCCUUUGCUCCGCUCCAGGCAUGCUCGGGGUGCCAAUUUGGGCCAGGAGCUGCACUGGGUGAUGCUCUGGGUCCCUUUCAAUUCGGAAUAUGCCUGGUUUUGCUAAACGUGCCUGAGGCACUGGACCUGUGAUCAAGACACGCAGAGACCCCGGGGUUUUGCCAUGUGUGCCUUGGCUCUGCACGCUGAGAAGACACAUGCCAGCACACCUGGCUCCUUGGAGGGUUUCUCCCUGUGCUUUUAGAUCCUCCAAAUCAGAACUCAAGCCAAAUGUAGCCAGUGAUGGACUUGCCUGUGCUCCACUUCAGACAUUCACCGAAGAGGAGGCCAUGCUCAAAGACAUGGUGACCAAGUUUGCCCAGGAACGAGUUGCACCUUUCGUGCAAAAGAUGGACGAGAAUGCCAAAAUGGAAGACUCCAUCGUACAGGGAUUGUUUGAACAAGGGCUGAUGAGUAUUGAGCUUGGGGAAGAAUAUGGAGGAACUGGAGCUUCAUUUUUUUCAAUCAUAUUGGCAGUGGAAGAAUUGGCCAAAGUUGAUCCAGCUGUGGCUCUUGUGUGUGAGCUCCAAAACACUCUAACAAAUAAGUUGUUUACCACCUAUGGAACAGAAGAACAAAAGAGAACUUACCUGCCCAGGGUGUCCAAAGAUACAUUAGGCAGUUUCUGUCUGUCAGAGGCUGGGUCUGGCAGUGAUGCUUUUUCCUUGAAGACUCGAGCUGAAAAGAAGGGAGACUACUACAUCAUCAAUGGCUCAAAGAUGUGGAUUAGCUUGGCAGAAGAUGCAGGAGUUUUCUUUGUCAUGGCAAAUACAGACCCAUCCUUAGGCUACAGAGGAAUUACAUGCUUCGUAGUGGAUCGCAACACAGAGGGGCUUCAGGUGGGGAAAAAGGAGGACAAGCUGGGGAUCAGAGCAUGUUCCACCUGCCCAGUCACCCUGGACAAUGUGAAGGUUCCUGAGAGCAAUAUCCUGGGACAAGUUGGACAAGGCUAUAAAUAUGCCAUUGGAAUGCUCAAUACUGGCAGGAUAGGGAUUGCUGCACAGAUGUUAGGCCUGGCCCAGGGGUGUUUUGACCGCACAGUUCCCUACACAAAGGAGAGAGUCCAGUUUGGGAAAAGCGUGUUUGAUUUCCAGGGGAUGCAGCACCAGAUCGCCCAGGUGGCCACGCAGCUGGAGGCAGCCAGGCUGCUGACCUACAACGCGGCGCGGCUGGCGGAGGCGGGCAGGCCGGCCAUCAAGGAGGCCAGCAUGGCCAAGUACUUCACUGCUGAGGUUGCAACACUGACAACCAGUAAAUGUAUUGAAUGGAUGGGAGGUGUUGGGUUCACCAAGAAUUACCCAAUAGAAAAGUACUACCGUGACUGCAAGAUAGGUACAAUAUAUGAAGGAACUUCAAAUAUCCAGUUGAGCACAAUUGCAAAAUUCUUAGCACAGGAGUACUGAAAGCAUAAGGACUUCCUUGAUGCUCUAUAAAAACUAUUUUCCUGAACACUAAUUGUAAAUUUAUUGGUAAUUACAGAAGGCAUUGGUGACAUAAUAAAUAAGAAUACACCAUCACAGUGAAAUCAUAGGGAAAUCCAUUUCAGGAGAGGGAGUGAUUCAUGUGAAAUCAUGAAUUCUACAUUCAAAUCCAAACUUCUUUCUGCCUGAGACACUUCCAAGGACUGGAUUUAGCUCCCUUAGCUCAUGUCAGCAGUUCAUCUUCACUUGGAGAUUUCAGAGUGAAAACAAAGGAAUCCAAAUCCCUGGCAUUUCUGUUGAUCCAGCUGGGAGAAGGGACUCUCCACAUGCAGCAGAGCUGGUGUGUGGGGUGGAGCUGCACUUGGGGUGUGCUGCUGCAUUAGUAUGGGGUGCAAAGAGAGGGAAGUGAUGCUUUCCUCUCUCCCAGGUGGAGUGAUGUCUGUGGAGCUGCUGUAAUUGGAGUCAUUUUUACAGAAGCCCUCAGUGUGUUCUUAAGGAUAUCUUUGUAAUUAAGCCCUUGCAGCCCCAAUUUGUACUCCUGAAAGGUGGAUAAUAUCCACCUCCCUUCCCAGCCUUCUCAGCUGUUAAGGGUUUUAAUCUAAGAGCCUAUUUAUAGUUCUCCUUUCAUAAAAGGUUGAGUUGAAAUCUUUCUGAAAUGGGGUUAAAAAAGCUCUAGUAGUUCUGCAAAAGGACAGAUACAAGCUGGGUAAUGGGAGUGCUGUGAUUCUACCUCCCAGUGGCCUUUCCACAUUCAAUGCAUUUUACAAACUUUAAAGGGAGGCUCUGUUAAUUUGCAGCCUAGAAUUCCUUGCUCCUGGAAGUUAGUGGUUCUCCAGCACAGUUUUCCCCUUUUUUAAGAGAGAAAAAAGGGCAGGGGGUUGGGAAGUAUUUGCUUUUUUUAUUUGUCUCUGUUUACUCUAAAAUUAGACAUUUUAUUUACAGCAGAAACCUCUUCAGUGCUGGAGAGCUAAUUAGCUAAUAAUCAAGAGACAGGAAGCUUAAUAUAUGAAAAAUCAUCCUAAUUGCUGUAAUUGGCAAUCUGUUUCAAGUGUUUUGGGGAGGGAAGGAUUGGUUUUCUGGUUUUGGCUGACUUAGAGGAAUCUCAUUUUUAAAGCUUGCCUUUCACUGAUGAUUCACUCUGAGUGGAGCUUAGAACAUUACAGGCUGAGACUCCCAGAGGAUUUCCUAGCAAAACCAGGACAAGUGACACUUAACAAGUGGGAUUUGUAAAACAAGCAGUGCCUUAGACAAAGAAACAAGCAAGGAUGAAAAGCACUAUUAAAAAGUUCUCUGACUUCAAAGGGAAGUAACUGCUGUAGUGAAUUAAUCCCUCUAUGUACACACUUUGCCUGGUAAUGGGCAAAGAAUUAUUGGGGUGAUUAUCUUUGUGCCAAUAAAAAAGCCCCUCCCAUAUCAGUUUGAUCAAGAGCUUUGAGAUUUACAAAAAUACAAGAGUAGGAAGGUAGGCUAGAUGGUUUCUGAAGUUUUCUUCUAGCAAUAUUAUUAGUAAUCAUUAUUAAUGCAUUUCAGAUUUACUUGCAGGCUUUCUUUCAGCUGAAUUGAAACAGCUGGGGAAGUUUAGAUUAAAAUUAAGACUAGUCUUAAUUCUUAUUUAGACUAGAAUUAAGACUACAGACACCACAACAUUUAACUGCAGUUAUUCUGCUCAACACAGUCUAUGUGUGAAUCCAGAAUAAUCAAAACCACACUGCAAAAUGCUGGAGUUAAUGCUGAUUGCUGUGCUGAGUUGUGCCAAGGUGAGACAGCCUUGAGGCCGCUGGGGUUUAAUCUGCUUUGCUCACAUGAGUGUCCACAGAAAACAGGGUUUGGCUUUUGCUGUGAUCUCCUGGUUUGUGGCACUCUCAGCUUGGCAUCUGCAGUUUUGUGUGAGACUGAGGACUGGCAAUACUUCACUGAUUCAUUAAGAAGCAAACCCUUUGUGGAGGGAAGUGCAGAGCUCUUUGAAGGACUGUUAAGGGCUGGAUAUCCAGGGUAAUGUAAAAAGACUCUCUUUGUGUAGAACUGUGUCAGGUAUCCAUUUGAAAAAAUAACCAGGGGAAAAUGAGAUUAAUGUGAUUCCUCACAGUCUGAUAUGGGAUGCCUGAGUCCAGCAAACAGCCUGAGCAUCCUCAGCAGCAAUUCAACAGUAGCUGAUGAGCUUUUCUUCUCAAUAAAUCAAGGUCAAGCCUUUAACUAAUGUUACAGCUGUAAAUAUUUCAUGUCUUUGUUAUGUAUGCUGUAUUUUGUACACAGUUUUGAAAGAAAUAAAUAACGUAUUGUAUUUAUAUACAAACUUUUGUGGAGGAGUAUGUGCACAAAUCAAUUUCAACCCCUGAGUAACUUUCCUUGCUGUUUUAAGAGGACAGGUACCUGUGUGGAGAGCAUUGGCUACUCUGGUCACUGAUUCUGGGGACAGUCACAGAAUGGUUUGGGUUGGAAAGGACCUGAAAUCCCAGCCCUGCCAUCUGAGCUCAGCUGUUUGGUUAGGAAUGAGAAGUGCUGUGCUGUUAUCCAGGAGCUGUUUAGAGCUGCCUGUGCUCCCCAGCCCUUGUUCUACUUUGGGACAGGCAUUUUUUGGGUGGUCAUCAAUGGCAAUUCUACCUUUGGCACUGUGGGUACAAGCUACAGAGCUGUUGUGGGCAAUGCUGGGAGGCUUUCUGAGCUUUUAAUACUCAAGGUGUACUCAAGAUGUAUUUUAUCAGUGACUUUUCCCUUUUUAUGCCUUUAGUCCAUCCAGUCUGUUGUCCUGGAACAGCAACUUCAGUAUCAAAUGUUGCAUGUGAGCUUCCCUGGUUAGAAGAAAAAACCUGUAUUGAGAAUGUAUUAAAAAUGCCUGAAUUUUGUUUUUGACUUGAUACAAUGCUGUAUACAAGCAUUGAUACAAUGCUUGUAUAUGAAUUCAUGGUUCUCUAAUAAUCUGUAAUUUGUUGCCAGAUCUUGCAGGUUUUGUACCAGGAGAGAAUGGCUGUGUCAUGUCAGGUUUCUCUAGUUCUGCUCUGCUGGGUGAUCAAGGCAGAUUUCCACAGAAGGGUUUAAUCACUACUUGGGAAAUACUCAAAUACAACAUUAUGUAUCAUCUUUUCUA